AUUAUCAUUCUGAUCACAUAUCUGUUCUCACUAGUAAGCAUUGACGAUUUCUGCGCCCUAAGACUAACCUUUCCGGCCUUGCCUUCGUGUAUGUUUCCAUCUAGGCUGCGGACAAAGGCGCGAUUCCGCGAUUUGUACUCCUUCCCUAUUUUACCCUCCCUGGCUCUAUUGACUCCAGCGCAUACACAUCCUGACAGACUUUUGCGUUUGCAAGAGACGGCGGCCUACCUUCCAACGCCAUCUGGGCGGAAUUCAAAAAGGUAUGGGAAAAAAGUGAAACAGUGCGCCGUAAUGCUGUGCUCCUCACUUGUGCAAUCGCUUGUCUUCUAUCCUUAAUCAACAUCGAGGUGAGAGUAACAUUCAAUGCCACCAUCUCUCUCCAAUCAAUGACAUUGAUGGCGAUGUAUUGCACUUCCAUCGGGACGUUGUUGUACAGCGAACAAUUGGCGGUGGCAAAGUCUUUCCGGCAAGAUGGCACCUGGGACGCUUCGGGUCCCUUGUGAGCGGGAUUGUAUUCCUUUUAUAGGAUCUUUAUUUUGCUCUGGACCAGCUGGCCGGGAAGCAAGGAUGUCACACGAGAGACGUUCAACUAGUCCACCGUCAUGUUUGUUUGUGGCUUCAUCAUUUCGAUCAUACACUACGUCACACGGACAUGUAGACAUAUCGGGCCCGUGAGCUGGUCAGAGAUUGGAGUCUCAAUCCUCUUUCAUUUCCGAACAAUAGAAAAUUUCAAGAUGUGAUGCUGAGGUGGACAUCAACCCGCAGUACGAUCGUGGCGUUCAUUGUAGAUAUCAGC